AUGGCUCCUCAUGCUGGGUUCGAUGCCGACCAGAUUAAAGACAAAGCUCGCAAGGACCUUCUUUUUUUACUCGAAGGCGUUCGCGGUAAAAAAAAUCUGGUUCUUGAGAGAAGUCUGGCUGGUCCAAUAGGCAUAUUCGUCAAGUUUUCGACCCUUCAGGACUACGGUGUCGAUAAGGUCUUCUUCUUGGAGAACGGCAAUGCGGAUGUCAGCCAGCCAAAUGUGGUGUUCAUUGCCCGCGGCGAGAGUGCUAGGCACGCCCAAUCCAUAGCUGAUCAUAUCAAACGCAUGCAACGAGAAAGUCAGACUGGACACGAAUUCUCAAUAUUCUGGGUUCCACGAAGGACUCUUGUGUCCGAAAAGAUACUCGAGGAAGCAGGAGUUCUGGGAGACACGAGCAUCGCAGAGUUUCCCCUCUAUUUUCUCCCCCUCGAAAAAGACCUACUGUCUCUUGAGCUGGAUGAUUCGUUUGCCGAUCUGUACCUGCGUAGAGAUCCUACGCCGACAUACCUACUGGCACGUGCUCUGAUGCUGAUACAGCUAAAGCAUGGGUUGUUUCCUCGCAUUACUGGGCAGGGUGACAAUGCGAGGAGGCUUGCAGACUUGCUUGCCCGAAUGCGACAAGAGUUGGUCGCAGGUGAAGACACAAAUGAAAGCAAUAGGCUAGGGCUGACACCGAGCACGACUAUGGAAAGUCUUAUUGUGAUCGAUCGCGAAGUCGACUAUGCGACUCCGCUGCUUACGCAGUUGACAUACGAAGGGCUGAUUGACGAGGUUGUAGGAAUCCAAAACAAUCAGGCUGAUGUAGAUUCAUCCAUUGUUGGUGUCGCUCCUCAACCGCCACCAGGAUCCUCGAAAGCAGGGGGCGGGGCAACACAAGCAAAGAAGCGAAAGGUCAUGUUGGAUUCUUCCGACAAGCUCUACGAGCAAUUGCGGGACACCAACUUUGCGAUCGUGGGAAGCCUGUUGAAUGGAGUCGCCAGACGCCUCAAGGGCGAUUAUGAAAGUAGACACGGGAACAAGACCACGGCAGAGUUAAGGGAAUUUGUGAAUAAAUUACCGGGAUACCAAGCAGAACAACAAAGCUUGAAGAUACACACAGGCCUUGCCGAAGAGAUUAUGAAGCAUACCCGUACAGAUCAAUUCAGCCGUUUGCUUGAGGUGCAGCAAAAUCUGGCGGCUGGCGCAGACCCAACCUCUCAGCACGAUGCGAUAGAAGAGCUUAUUGCACGAGAUGCACCACUCGCAGAAGUUCUGCGAAUCCUGUGCCUGGAGUCAUGCAUAUCUGGUGGCAUAAAACCUCGUGAGUUAGAAGCCUUCAAGAAAAUGAUUCUACAAGCCUAUGGCUAUCAGCACAUUCUCACGCUAGACGCCCUCGAAAAGCUCCAAUUACUCCUUUCACGAAGCUCUCCAAUGGCUUUGAUGAUCCCAAUGACUGGCGGACCCGCGAACACUGGUACAAAAACCAAUUACACGUAUCUGCGAAAAGCUCUCCGACUCAUUGUGGAUGAGGUCAACGAGCACGACCCGAACGACAUUGCUUACGUGUACAGCGGAUACGCGCCAUUGUCGGUACGUCUAGUUCAAUGUAUACUGCAAAAGCAGUAUCUCACAUCAAUCACUCGAGGUGCCAAUGCGGGUAAUCUUGCUGCCGUGGCGACUGCUGGUGCCUCGCAGGGCUGGAAAGGUUUUGACGAGGCGGUGAAGCAUGUGCGAGGACAAACAUUUGACGAGGUCCAAAAGGGUGAGGACAAAGCAGUUAAGGCCCGCACUCUCCUUUCUGGCAGCGGCGAGAAGAAGAUUGUGUUUGUUGUCUUCUUGGGCGGGAUCACUUUCACUGAGAUUGCUGCGUUGAGAUUCAUCGCCAAGAAAGAAGAAGCGCGAAAACAAAUAAUCAUCUGCACAACUUCGGUUAUCAGUGGGAACAAGAUCAUGGACGCAGCUAUCGAGAAGGCAUCCUUAGGGAAGAAUACUGUACAAGACUUGUAG